AUGAAGCUCUCAAAGUCUCAGGCAGCUGCCAUCCUCCUGUUCUUAUCCAAUGCGGGACGAGCCAGCCCUGUCCGUAGCAACGCAACGGACAUGUUCACCGGAAAUACAACCGCUGCCCCGAUGGCCGCCACGACACAGCAACGGACGCUCGAGCCCCUGCACGGAUACUCCCCUCGUUCAAGACGGGGCCGUGGAGUCCGGGGCCGCCCGGCCGUCGAUGCCAACGCCAGUGGCGCGCACGUCAACUGGGAGGCGAUGGCCGACCAGCAUGCCGUUUCGUCCCGUGAUGUCGACCCGGAGGCCGACGACAUUGAAACGUACGACAUGGUGGCCAGUGACGGCGCCGACAUGGACGAGGCCACCGACGUCCUCAAAGGCUUUGAAGAUUCUGAGCACACCGAAGCACCGGAAGCCCUCGAAGACACCGCAGUGACCAAGGCUACAGAGGACCACGAAGCGAGCGAGGUCACCAGCAACAACGACACCCCCACCCCCACCCCCACUGCUACCACCACCGCCACCACCACUACUGCUGACACCACCGCAACCACCACCACCGCCGCCGACUUGGCCACUGCGGCCGCUGCGGCCACGGCUGCCACCACCACCAAUGCCGCCACCGCCACCAAUGCGGCCACCACCGUGGACGGCGACGACGCGUACUACGACGGCUCUUUCUGGGACGAGAUCGUGCACAAGUGGCGCGAGAGCCGCAAGUACCGCAAGCUGGCCAAGGCCAAGGCGGCCGCCGCCAAGGCGGAGGCCAAGGCGAUGAAGGCCCAGGCCAAGGCCGAGCUGGCGGCGUCCAAGGCCAAGGCCAAGGCGGACAUGGCCAAGGCCGAGGUGGAGAUGCUGGCCAACGGCGGGCUGCCGUAG